AUGCUUGACAUGAUGAAGAACUGCAACAAUUUCUCCGACGCGGCGCUGUGGCUGCUAGCUCGCCGGCGCUUGGAGAGCAAGUUCAACCGCUUGGAGAGGUGGGUCCUGGCAUUGGAGCCGGUCUCACUCGACGUGAUUCGCAGGGUGCUCCUAAUGGGCAGACGCGAGAUGGCAGAGAGCCAGGCCGAGUCAAUGGGAUACGUGCCGAAUCCCCGUUCUCUAGGCUUCAAUGUUGAAGAUGUCGUGGGCCGACUCAGCACACCCAGUGGCGGAAGCAGCUGCUUCGUGAGAUCUUCCUACUGCUGCGCUCGAAGCUCGCCGUUGCCCCCCAAGAAACUUUGCCAUUCCAGCGAAGAGGGAUCCCCCGACUCCUGCGACAUGCGGAAGAGGGAGACGGUCCUUGAGAAAUCCUGGGAACCUUCGAUUGAGGAUUACCCUUGUAGUGUGUGGGACCCUUUCGACCGUCACAAGGUCGAGGACCCCGAGUUGAACACCGCCCUGACCGCAGAGGACCAAGAGCCAGCUGUGCCCCCAGUUCUCAUUGAGCGCCUGCGCACCGCGCGCCCACUCCGGACCCAGAGCAGGAUCCACCAGGACCUCCACACGGACGAGGAUGUCGUGUGGGAUGCAGACAUCGGCGAGUGA